UUAUUAUUAAAAUAAAAUUUGACAGAUUGCUGAAUUUUUUAAUUAUUUUUCUAUCAUUUUUUAUCUUACUCCAUUAAUUGUCUUUAUUUUAUUUUUGCAAAACCUUAUUCCGCGAAAUCUGAUAUAUAAGUCAGGCUGUUAACAUCAAUUGCGUAUUAUUUUAUUAUUGACGCAGAUAUUUAUAUCUUCAUAAUUUUUACAAAAUCUAUAUUUAUGUAAUUCUUUGUAUCUUAAAUGCUCCACGAACGCUUGAAGAAUCACAUGAUAACGCGCUUUAUUGUUGCCGUCAAAAGUACAAAUCCGAAGUGACAGGUGUUUUCGUGAUGUCACUGAAAUAGUAACUUUAUUAUGGAUUUUCAUCGCAAAGGUUUCAAUGAAUAUGAACAAACAUGAGUCAUAAGUACAAUGUUGAAGUAGAAGCUGAACGUAUUCAUCUUCGUGAAAGGUCUAGUAAAGGUUUGAUUAAUGACUCUUUAGAAAAUGUAUUAAGUAGUGAUGAAGGAUUUGAAGCUGAAGAAGAUGAUUCUCUCUUAGAUCCUCAUUAUUUGCAACGAGGUAAAAGGAGCUUCAAGUAUAAGUUUUUUUGCUGCAUUUGUCAUUGUAUGCAACUUUUUUGUUCAAGACUUCAGAAAGUCAUGCCUAAGCUGUGCGGUGAAAAAGAACACAAGCCACGCACUGUGUUCAUAGGAAGAAGCAACCAUGAUGGUUUUCCUCCAAAUAUUAUUAAAAAUCAGAAGUACAACAUCAUUACUUUUAUUCCUUUAGUGCUGUUUCACCAGUUUAAAUUUUUCCUCAAUUUAUACUUUUUGAUUAUGGCACUUUCACAAUUUAUUCCAGAAGUACGGAUUGGAUAUUUGUACACAUAUUGGGGUCCACUUGGUUUUGUGCUCUCAGUCACAUUAAUAAGAGAAGCUAUUGAUGACUUUCGUCGGUACUGUAGAGAUCGAGAAGUUAAUUAUCGGAAAUACCGCAAGUUAACAUCUCGUGGGGUUGUGCAAGUUCCAAGUGCGAAUAUUAAAGUUUCAGACCUCAUUAUUGUAGAUAAAGAUCAGAGGGUACCUGCAGACAUGGUAUUUUUAUCAACUACUGAGAAAAAUGGAGCUUGUUUUAUAAGAUCAGAUCAGUUAGACGGAGAAACAGACUGGAAAUUGAGACUUGCUGUCACAACUACUCAGAGGCUGUCAUCACCAGAGGAACUAUUUCAUAUGGAUGCAUCCAUUUAUGCUGAAGAGCCCAAAAAGGAUAUCCAUACUUUUGUUGGAAAAUUUACAAGGAAUGAUGGUGAAGGGGCAGAAGUAUCUCUGGGAAUUGAAAAUACUUUAUGGGCCAACACUGUUGUGGCAUCUGGCACUGCCAUUGGCAUUGUCAUUUAUACAGGUUCUGAAACUAGAAGUGUAAUGAAUAACUCUGAACCUCGAAGCAAGGUUGGGCUAACUGAUCUUGAGCUAAACCAGCAAACAAAAGUUUUAUUUGCAGCAGUUAUUGGACUGGCUUUAGUGAUGAUGGCUUUAAAAGGUUUUGGUGGCUUGUGGUAUCGAUAUUUGUUUAGAUUCAUUUUGCUAUUCUCUUACAUCAUUCCUAUUAGUUUACGUGUGAACUUGGAUAUGGGUAAAAUGGUUUAUUCUUGGAUGAUUCAGAAAGACAAAGAAAUUCCUGGUACAGUGGUGAGGAGUACAACUAUCCCUGAAGAAUUGGGAAGAUUAUGUUUUUUACUUUCUGAUAAAACUGGGACUUUAACUAAAAAUGAGAUGGUUUUUAAGAAGUUGCAUUUGGGAACUGUAGCUUAUGGACAAGAUUCUUUCAAUGAAGUUAUAGCUCAUUUAAAAACAGCUUAUCUACCAACAUCAUCAGAGAGUUCUUCGAGCAGUACCACUCCUACCAGACAAACACCUAAAAUGAGAACAACUAUUGUCACCAGAGUUCAAGAAGCUGCAAGAGCUCUUGCUUUAUGUCAUAAUGUUACGCCUGUCUAUGAUGAAGACACUGUCAGUAUUGAUACCUCAGGGGAGAAUAAAGAUUGUGAUACAGAAGCUGAUCAGCAAUCAAAACAAUCAUUUGUUUACCAAGCAUCUAGUCCUGAUGAGGUUGCCUUGGUGACUUGGACUGAGAGUGUGGGGUUGACAUUAAUUCAACGGAAUCUUCAGAAAAUGCAAUUAAGAUCACCUCAUAACCAAAUAUUGGAUUAUUCCAUUCUGCAGAUAUUUCCUUUUACUUCAGAGACAAAAAGAAUGGGGAUAAUAGUUAAAGAGGAAAGUACAGGAGAAAUUAUAUUUUUUAUGAAAGGUGCAGAUGUUGUGAUGUCAUCGAUUGUUCAGUACAAUGAUUGGUUAGAUGAGGAGUGUGGAAAUAUGGCUCGAGAAGGGUUGAGGACACUUGUGGUUGCUAAGAAAGUUUUAACUGAAGAUCAGUAUUCUGAUUUUGAAGCUCGCUUGAAUCAAGCCAGAGUCAGUAUUCAUGACAGAAAUGCCAAGGUUUCUGCCGUCAUUGAAAGUUUAGAGAGAGAUAUGGAGUUACUUUGUCUGACCGGUGUUGAGGAUAAACUGCAAGAUAAUGUUCGACCAACUCUUGAGUUACUUAAAAAUGCUGGAAUUAAAAUCUGGAUGCUUACAGGUGAUAAAUUAGAAACUGCGACAAGUAUUGCAAAGUCUUCCUUAUUAGUCUCCCGAACUCAAGAUAUGCAUAUUUUUCAAAGUGUGACUUCUCGUGGUGAGGCUCACCUGGAGUUAAAUGCAUUCAGGAGGAAAAAUGAUUCUGUUUUGAUCAUAAAAGGUGACAGUCUAGAAAUGUGCUUAAAAUUUUAUCCUAAAGAAUUCAUGGAGCUAGCUUGCCAAUGUCCAGCAGUUGUUUGUUGUCGCUGUUCUCCCACUCAAAAAGCUGAAGUUGUGCGACUCAUACAAAAUGAAACCGGUAAAAGAACUGCUGCAGUCGGGGAUGGCGGUAAUGAUGUCAGUAUGAUUCAAGCAGCAGAUGUUGGUAUCGGUAUCGUUGGCAAAGAAGGAAAACAGGCCUCUUUAGCUGCAGAUUUCUCUGUUACUCAAUUUCAUUAUAUUGCUCAGUUAAUUUUGGUUCAUGGGCGUUAUAGCUAUAAACGAUCGGCUGCACUCAGUCAAUUUGUAAUUCAUCGUGGUCUCAUAAUUUCAACAAUGCAAGCAUUUUUUUCUGCAGUUUUCUAUUUUGCAUCAGUUGCAUUAUAUCCUGGCUUCCUAAUGGUUGGGUAUGCCACAAUUUACACAAUGUUUCCUGUGUUUUCUUUAGUUCUAGAUAAAGAUGUUUUACCUGAAAAAGUUUUUACAUACCCCGAAUUGUACAAAGAAUUAUGCAAGGGUCGUUCGCUGUCAUUUAAAACUUUCUUCAUUUGGGUUAUAAUUAGUAUUUAUCAAGGAGGCAUUAUAAUGUAUGGAGCUUUACUCUUAUACAAAGCAGAAUUCAUUCACAUAGUUUCGAUAAGUUUUACUGCCCUCAUCUUUACUGAGCUUCUGAUGGUGGCUUUAACUAUUAGAAUGUGGCACUGGCUGAUGGUUGUGGCUGAAAUUUUCAGUCUUGUCAUUUAUUUCUUAUCCUUAUUUUUCAUGAAACAGUUUUUCGAUGCUGAUUUUAUAUGGACUAUUACAUUUCUUUGGAAAGUUGCUGCUUUAACUGUAGUGAGCUGUGUGCCUUUGUAUAUUCUGAAAUACUUGCAUCGAAAGGUCUCUCCUCCGAUUUAUGCAAAACUUACAUAAAAUAUAAAUUGUUCCUUGUGAUAUUUUGGGUAGCAGAUAUGUAGAUACGUUUUCAAUUAAUGAAAUGUUACUUAAUGUCUUUUAAAUUAUAAAUCUCAUAAAACUCAUUACCAGCUUUUAUUAAUCUAACAUUUUAUAACUUAACAUUAUUUAUUGACAUUUUUACUGAAUAAUUGUUGGUUUAUAUUCGUUUUUUUUUGCGAUACAUUUGAGAGCGGAUUAUCUGGAAUCCUCAGGAAUUACGCAUAAAUGAUUUUUCCAUCUAUCUGGAUUUAUAUUAAAAAACAAUUACUAAUUUCCUACGAGACAUAUUUUUUUUAAUCCUAGAUGUUACAUUUAAAAGUAAGAAAAAUAACACAAUUAGAUUGAUUUAAUAAAAAAAUAUUUAUAAUCUUAGAAUGAACAAUCCAACUUUAUUGUGAUAUUUGCUGAGUCCUGGAUUAAAAAUUCAACUAUUUGGUGUAAUCCACAAUCUGAAAGCAUUAGGAAAAUAUAAAAUUACAAUGAUAAUCAACUAUGAAUAUACAAUCAGAGUAAAAAAAAAAAAUUUAAAAGUUCUUUUGGGAAAAUAGAAAAAUAAUAAAAUCAAUUGCAAAACAUUUCCUGAUUGUUUUGCACUCCAGAUUUUCUUUUCAAUUCUAAACAAAUCCUAAAAUCAUUCCCGUUUCCUGGUUUCCAGAUUAAAAGCUCUGUACUGUGUUAUGGACUUCCUUUCAAUAUUAAAAUUCAUGUAUUAAAUCAAUGAGCUCGAUUUGAAUUUUUUUUAAAUUAUAAAUAAAAGUAUUCCCAGUUGUAAGAAUUUUGUAAAUAUAAAUGAUAUUUGGAUAUUGUAUCAUAAAAAUAAUGUCUGUGAUAAUGGCCAAGAAACAAUAUUCUUUUUGCUCAAAAUUUCUCGACAUUCGAGUGAAUAAAAUAUUUUAAGUUGUUUCUUUACAUUACUGGAUAUAUUGUAUAAAAUUGAAAUUUGUUUUAUGUUUCAAUAAAUGCUGGCAUUUUAUCGAAAUUUGUUUUAAGUAGCAUCUGGCACCAUUUUCUGCAUAUAAGUCAUAAGGAUAUCCAUCUUUUGUGUAUAGUAAUUAUGCAUCUUGUAUUUAAUUUAAAUUAGCAUUUAUUAAUUAACCUUCCUUUGUCCUGGCUUUUUUUAUACUUUAAACUGGGAUACUUUAAAUUUUCAUCAAAAAACCAGUUUCCCCUCCCGCAUAUUAUUUAGUUGGAAAUUAGUGCAUAACAAGGAAGUUACAACACAAUUUUUACCCAGUAGAUCUAGGUUUAAUAGGUUAAUGUGUUAAAAAUUGCACUUUUUUAUUCAAAUAUGAUUUUCAUCAAUUGUUUGAAAAAUUUACUUAAGAAAAACAGUAAAAUGACUUUUGAUAGUUGGAAUAAUGUAACAAAAUAUUACAAUUGUGAUUUUUUUUUCUUCCUAUUAAAUGGAAAUUAUAUCUUUUUUUUAAUAAACUUUUUUUUGCUAUUUUUAUAUUGCAUACACAUAUGUAAGUUAUUUCAUUUCUAAUUAAUUUAUUUUAAUAAUUUAAGUAUUAUGUAUGGCUAUAUUUAUGGUUGAUGCUGCUUUAGUUAUUAGUUUGUUUAGUUGACAACAAAUACAAUCCUAUCUUCACUCCCCAAAAACGUUUGAACUCUCUAUUUUGUUAUUUAAUGGAAAUAGAGAAACAGAUUAUUCUCCCACUGCAGUUGUAAUAAAAAGUUUCAUUUGGCUAUGACUACUUGAAUGUUUUUAAAGACUAUGUGCAAAAAUUAAAAUUUUUUUAACCCUUUGUUCCUUUUUAAAAACAGCUAUUGUGAAAUUGUUUUUCUCAAAAUUUAAUAAUUUAGUUUCCCUAUAAUGAAUAUGCAUGUUCCUAUAAUUAUAUGCAUGGUAUAUGUAAUGAAUGUGCAUGUUAAGUUAAUUUGGUGAUAAGGAAAAACUGUAUGUUUUGGUAUACAUUGCUGUGUCUUUUGUUGAAAUUGUUGCUCAAAAUUUUGAAAUUGCUGUUAAAAAAAGCAAACAAACUAGGAUUUAGAUUUUUUUACUGACUGGUACAAAUUUCUUAAAACUUAGAUAAUUUUCUAUCCAAUAAUACUGACACUGGGUUUCUCCAAAAUGAUCAACAAUUUAGAAAUCCUUUAAAUAAAAGCUGAAAGAGCGAAAACAUAUGGUUUGCUACAUUCUUCAUGAGAAAUCAAGUAAUUAAUUUCUGCUUAGAUAUGAAGUUCGUCUACAAAUAACUCUGCUAACUGAGCCUAACAAAUUUUCAAAAUGUCAGUAGUAACAGCUUGGUAUAGUUUGAGAAUAAAAUUAAAAUAACUAUACAAAUAUUAGAUUUGCAAUGCUCUGGUAUGCAACAAUUUUGUUUUAUUGUUUUUUCUGUUCUUAUAUGUUGAUAAAAUUAGUAACUAAUUUUGAAACCAAAGGUAUAUGUGGUGAUUAGGAAAGUUGUUGCCAAUUUAUGAAAUUGACGGCAAGUCAUUUUAGAUUGUAACCGGAGCAUUGGCAGAAACUAUAACAGAAAUUAAAACAAAAAGUUUUUUUUUUUAAAUGUUGAAAUUUAGGUUUUAGAAUUUAUUCACAGUUUAUUUACAAAAAUAAUUAAAUAUUUGAAGCACUCUAAAUUUUUUAUAUUUUAACAACAAUAAAAUAAGAAAAAUAUUUCAAUGAAAAAUCUUGAAAACAGAAAUUUGGUACAUAAUUUUUUGUUCUUACCAAAAAAUCAUAGCUGCAAAUUCUUUGAGAUUUUCCUAAAGAUUUUAUUGCUCUAUUUAAAGUGGUUGCAAAAUUAUGUUUUUUAGUUUAAUACUUGGAUUUAUAAAUGCAUUUUUUAUUUAUUUUGACUCUCAACAUGUCUAUUUAUAAAAUACUAUUAAAAUCCAUGAUUGCAGUUGAUUAAAAAGUGACAAAAUACCAAAAAUGUUAGCCUAUACUUAUAAUUUGGUUGUCACUUCACUAACGCUUGGAGAAAUCAUUCUGGAAAAGAGUAAAAUUUAGCAGGUAUGGUGUUGUUUGGCGCCAUUUUUCGAUUUUACAAUCAUAUUUAACUAAAUUAGAAUAAUGUAAAAGAUUUCAUAACUAGAAGACAGCAAACCAAAAUUUUUGUAUCUCUUUUCAUUUUUUCCCCAGUUAUUUUUCAAAUUGUUAUUUUUGGGACAUCAGGUAAAAGCAUUUAAAGAUAUUCAGGAUUGUCGCAAGGGAGUGUAAUUCUGUUUCUUAUUGUGUAUGUAUUUUUUUUAAUGACAUCUAGAGAAAAAGUCUCCCCUUUUUCUUGUAGAAAUCAAUGUGCCUUUUGAUACAAUCUUUCAUCAGAAAAGUUUUUCACCUGUACUUUUAUACUCUAUUUUAGUUUUGUAUAUAUGAAGAGAAACAUAUAUUGUUCCUUUCUUUUUUUUUACAUUCUUUCCUUUAAAUUAAGUUUUCAUUUGAGAGAAGGUGCUUUAUUGCUGUAAUUUAAAUUCUCUAUUUAAUGUAAAUAUACAAAUGUGUAAUAAAACGUUUUUGGAAAUUUAA